AUGGCAGAGACUUCGGAGAAAAUCCCUAUCGCUGUGGCUGGGCCAGAGGAGCUGGAACACUGCUUGCCACCUGCAUACACGGCAACGAGUGUGAAGCCCUCCAGUAGUAGUCGCCUUCUGAAGAUUGGAGCUGCGGUUCUUAUCGCGGGAGCAGCUCUCUUGGUUUUCGGAGCUAUCGGUGCUUUUUACUUUUGGAAAGUCAACGACAAGCAUGUCUACAAUGUCCACUACAGUAUGAGUAUCAAUGGAAAAAUUGAGGAAGGCUCUAUGGAAAUUGAUUCUGAAAAUAAUCUGGAGAGGUUCCGAACAGGAAGUGGAAGUGAUGAAGCCAUAGAAGUUCACGAUUUUCAUAUUGGAAUCACUGGGAUUCGGUUCUCGGGAGGGGAGAAAUGCUACAUUAAGGCACAGGCCAAGGCUCACCUUCCACAGGUGGAACCUCUAAACAAAGAGGCAGUGAUGUUCGAUUUGGAAGAUGAGAUCAUGCCAGUCAAGUUUGAUGAGGAGUCUCUGAUCUGGGUGGCUGCAGACCAACCCCUGAAGGACAGCGGUUUCCUGAGCACCAAAAUCCUGGACCUGUGUGGUGAUCUUCCCAUUUUCUGGCUCCGUCCCACUUACCCAAAAGGUGAACGCAGGAAAAGGAGAGAUAUCCUUCGGGCAAGGCGUCAGGCGCCAGAAGCCACUACCACGAAAGCCACUGAGGAACCAUAUAACCCUGAAAACCCAUACCAGCGCUAUCUGGAGGGAGAGCAGGACGCGUGGGCCACGCUGGACCACCACGGAAUCUGCUGCGCGGAGUGCCAGCGCAGCUACACCCACUGCCAGAGGAUAUGCGAGCCGCUGGGCGGGCACUGGUCCUAUCCCUAUCACUACCAGGGCUGCCGCGUGGCCUGCAGGGCCAUCAUGCCCUGCCGCUGGUGGGUGGGCCGCAUCUUAGGGAUUCUGUAG